AGGAGGCGGCGGCGCCAGAGAUGGCAGUGGACAAGAGGAGGGGGCUCCGCGGCGGGAGCCCAGUGGAGUGGGGACCGCGGGUCUUACUGCUGCUGCUGCUGCUGGGCGGCUGCUCGGGCCGCAUCCACCGUCUGGCGCUCACGGGGGAGAAGCGAGCUGACAUCCAACUCAACAAUUUUGGCUUCUAUACAAAUGGCUCUCUAGAAGUGGAGUUGAGCCUCCUAAGGCUGGGCACCCAAGAAGCACAAGAGAAGGCGUCACAGGUGGGGUUCAGCCUCAGCCGCAUCCGAUCUGGCAGUGUUCACUCCUACUCGACCCGGAAUCCCCACGAAUGCCCUCUGCAGAAAAACAGCAGCAGCUUCCUGGUGGUGUUCCUCAUCAACUUCAAGGACCUGCAGGUCCAGGUGAAAAAGUAUGGGGAGCAGAAAGAACUGUUCAUUUCUCCUGGGCUCCUCCCGGAAGUUCCUUCCAAGCCAGGCCUCCCAAAGCCAGAGCCUACAGACAUCCCCAAGGUGGACAGUGGAGUCCCCCCAGUCAACAAGGACAAGGAAAAGCCUGGAGUGUCUCAGGUGCCCAGUGGGAAGGACAAGGAGAUGGUGUUGGGCUUGAACCAUUUCAAUGACUCAUAUAACUUCAGUUUCCAUGUAGUGAUCGGCUCCAGGGCAGAGGAAGGGCAGUAUAGCCUCAACUUCCAUAACUGCUACAAUUCCAUACCUGGCCAGGAGCGUCCAUUUGACCUUACGGUGAUGAUCCGAGAGAAAAAUCCAGAGGGCUUCCUGUCAGCAGCGGAAAUUCCCCUCUUCAAGCUCUAUCUGAUCAUGUCUGUCUGCUUCCUAGCCGCAGGGAUCUCAUGGGUGUCACUUCUCUGCAGGAACACGUACAGUGUCUUUAAGAUCCACUGGCUCAUGGCGGCUCUUGCAUUCACUAAGAGUGUCUCACUACUCUUCCACAGUAUCAAUUACUACUUCAUCAAUAGCCAAGGCCACCCCAUCGAAGGUCUCGCUGUCAUGCACUACAUCACCCACCUUCUGAAAGGUGCCCUCCUCUUCAUCACCAUUGCCUUGAUCGGUUCUGGCUGGGCCUUUGUGAAGUAUGUGCUCUCUGACAAGGAGAAGAAGAUUUUUGGAAUUGUAAUUCCCCUGCAGGUCCUGGCCAACGUGGCGUACAUAGUGAUCGAGUCCCGCGAGGAAGGAGCCAGCGACUAUGGGCUCUGGAAGGAGAUUCUGUUCCUUGUGGAUCUCAUCUGCUGUGGUGCCAUCCUCUUCCCAGUUGUCUGGUCUAUCCGGCACCUUCAGGACGCAUCUGGCACAGAUGGGAAGGUGGCAGUGAACCUUGCCAAGCUGAAACUGUUCCGGCAUUACUACAUCAUGGUCAUCUGCUACAUCUACUUCACCCGCAUCCUUGCUAUCCUGCUGCGUGUGGCCGUCCCUUUCCAGUGGCAGUGGCUGUACCAGCUCUUGGUGGAAAGUUCCACUCUGGCCUUCUUUGUGCUCACUGGCUACAAGUUCCAGCCUGCGGGGGAUAACCCGUACCUGCAGCUGCCCCAGGAGGACGAGGAGGAUGUGCAGAUGGAGCAAGUAAUGACAGACUCUGGCUUCCGGGAAGGCCUGUCCAAAGUCAACAAGACAGCCAGCGGGCGAGAGCAGUUAUGAGUCCCCCAGACCAGCCAGCCAUGCUCAGUCCUUCUCCACCCCACAUUCCAGCGCUUCUCCCUCGGGUUGCAGGGAGACCAGGCCGGUCCACAAAGCCGACUACAUGCUGCCCAUUCAGAAGAGAGUGGAGAGUGGGCCCUUACUCAUGGGGGAAGGGGGAAUGGAGGGGAAGGAGACACCCCAACUUCCUGCGGUACCAUAGCAGCCAAUCUGGAGUUUUCAUUAUCUAGUUUCUUGCCUGUCAGGGACUCGAGGCCUAAAGUGAGGCUGUUGAGAAACCUGAAUUCAAAGCUGAGUAAAGUGGCACACCUGUCAUGCCAGCACACUCAGGAGGCCCAGGCAGGAAGAUUGGGAGUUCAAGGCCAGCCUGGGCUACAUGAAACCUUGCUCCAAAAAAAAAAAGCAAAGUCAUCUGGAUUUAGUGGCGAGGUGGUAGUCUUCCUUUUUUUUUUUUACAUUCAAUAAAUAUUGAGCAACCAC